AGAGGCUGUGGAGGUUUACCUCAGAGGUUCUUCUCACAAACUCAGUCUUUUUCUUCCACUUUUGUCCAAGAGUUUUCAUCUCUUCUGUUGCCCGCUGAUGAUCAGGUGUGGAUCUGCUAUGGAUCAGUGUGAGGACACAGAGGAGGGACCCCCAAAAACCGGUCUGUGUGGGGACCAUGAGAUCCAGAUCAAAGAUCAGAGAGUGAAGCAGCAGAGCUCAGAGGUUCUCAGGGUUCCAUCUGCUCAGCAGCAUCAAACACACCUGAACCACAAGUUUCUGAAUUUCGAGGAGAACAUGUUGAUGUUUGUUAAAAAUGAGCUGAAGAGCAUCCAGAAGGUUCUCCUGACAGAUGAUGCAGAAUACUUGGAGAGUCAGAGUGAGGAUGAGGAGCAGAGGAGCAGCAGACUGGUUUUCUUGAACCUCACAGUGACCUUGAUGAGGACAAUGAAUUAUGAUGAGCUGGCUGACUGUCUGCUGAGCAGAACUCGUGCUGAAGUUUGUCGUCGUAAAUUCAAAUCUAAGAUGAAGCAGAAGUUUGAGCGUGUGUUUGAGGGGAUCUCUAAAGCAGGAAAGACGACUCUUCUGAAGGAGAUCUACACAGAGCUCUACAUCACAGAGGGCGGGGCUUCAGAGGUCAACGAGGAACAUGAGGUCAGACAGAUUGAAGCAGCAUCCAGGAAAACAGACACACAACAAAGAACAAUCACAUGUGAAGACAUCUUUAAAGUCUCAGCUGACACACAGCCACCAAUCAGAACAGUGCUGACAAAGGGCGUGGCAGGCAUCGGGAAAACAGUCUUAACACAGAAGUGGACUCUGGACUGGGCUGAAGGACGAACCAACCAGGACUUCCACUUCAUAUUUCCAUUCACUUUCAGAGAGCUGAAUGUGCUGAAAGAGAAGAAGUUCAGCUUGGUGGAACUUGUUCAUCACUUCUUUCCUGAAAUCAAAGAAGCAGGAAUCUGCAGCUUCCAACACUUCCAGGUCUUGAUCAUCUUGGACGGUCUGGAUGAGUGUCGCCUUCAGCUGGACUUCCACAGCAAUGACAUCCUGACUGAUGUCUCAGAGUCGAGCUCAGUAGAUGUUCUGCUGACAAACCUCAUCGGGAGGAACCUGUUUCCCUCUGCUCGCCUCUGGAUCACCACACGACCUGCAGCAGCCAAUCAGAUCCCUCCUGAGUGUGUGGACAUGGUGACAGAGGUCAGAGGCUUCACUGACCCUCAGAAGGAGGACUACUUCAGGAAGAGAUUCAGAUAUGAGGAGCAGUCCAGAAGAAUCAUCUCCCACAUAAAGACAUCACGAAGCCUCCACAUCAUGUGUCACAUCCCAGUCUUCUGCUGGAUCACUGCUACAGUU